AUGACUACUAAUAGUAGCAAGAAGCUCUCCAUCGAGGAGAGACUCUCAUUGGCCGCGCGAGCCAAGUCUCGGAAAAAGGGUAAAAAGCUGGACUCUCCAUCGCCACUAACAGUUGGGCUUGAAACCAACGUUGAUGACGAAGAAUCAAAUUUAAAGGCAGGUGACGGGACGUCCAAGGAAACGUUCGGUGGAAAUGAUGAUGCAACAGGCCCGGUUGAAGGUAUAGAGGACAUCGCCGAUAUCUUGCCGUCGAAUUACGACAAGAUGACCGUUCUAGAGUUACUUCAGGCUUUGAAGCCUCAUCUUGUUCGAGAAGCCAAAAGUGAGAGGCCCCACGAGAAAAGCCAAGUACAAAAAGAGCACAGUGACAGCAGUCUAAUCAAAUUAAUCAAGGAAAAAGAUUCCAUUAUAGGCGAACUCCGGGCAGAAGGUGAAAGUUUAUCGAAAUUGGAAUUGCGACAUACUACAACGAUAAAGAGCCUAAGAGAGAAGCUUAACAACACAGAAUUUGAGUCGCAGCGCUGCAAGAAGGAGCUCGAUGAAGGGAAACAAAAAUUGGGUGCUUUGUCAUCUGAGCUCAAAGAUUUGACUUCCAGAUUCAACAAAUCGAUAGAAAUAAGCGAAAAUCUCACUAAAGAACGCAACGACGCUAGGGCUAGCCAUGAUAAAUUAAAGUAUGGAGAGUUAGCUACAGUGCAGAGAGAACUAGAGAUGGCACAAGAAACAAAUAAAUCCUUGGAGUUGCAAAAACAGCGGCUCCGCGACCAACUCGAGACUCUCAACAUGAAGUCAACAAUGAAGUAUGAAGAGUUGAGUGAGACUUCAAAAGGGGAAAUCUCGAGACUAGAGCUAUCGUUGGAAGAGCUAAGGAUUUUGUUAAGUAAGAGUCCGAAAAACUCUGACCAGCUGGUUUCGAGCACACAAAAUGAUUUAAUGACACAAAUUAAGGAACUUAAAGCUCGUCUUGAAGUUAGCGCCGAUGAAGCGGCCAAAAUGGAAUCUGCAUUGCGACGAAAACUGGUGGAUUCCGAAAGGAAGUACGAGGAACUGCAAGAGUCCCACCAUGCAUCGGAUCGUCAGCUCGCUGCCACCUUAGAUGAGAAUAAUCACUUGCGGCCUCGCCUUCACGAGUUGGAACAAAAGCAGAAGCUCUUGACUGAGGAGAUAGCUGCUCUCAACAAAGAAGUUUCGACACUAACCGACAACCUUGAUAAUGCUCGAGAUGAUGCUAAGCUCUGGCAAGAGAAGUUUAGGAUUAGUAAAGGUGAACUUGAAUCUCGUUUGAUAAACCCAGUGUCUCAAUCAAAUGCGACGUCGGAGGUGGCUUCUGUGACCAAUGAAAACAAAGAGCCUUUUAUGGGAGUUCAGGAGAAUCUCGACAAAAUAUCUAAAUGGGAGCUGCAAAACUUGCAAAAUAUGGACAGUUCGUACGCUGAAGAAGCAGAAGUGACCAGCAAUAAGUAUCCAUUUGAUAUAGAUGAGCUGCUGCCCGGUGAUGGAGCUGAGUCGCCAAUGUUCUUGAGGAAGAGUAGUAUGGCUUCGCUAGAUUACGCGUCUUCACAGCAACAGCGAAACUUAACUCAAAGUCAGCAAAGUACUCAGUUGAACGCUCAAAUGGUAGGAAGGCUAGGUGGUCAAAUUAGGAGACUUGAGACGGAACUUUCGUCACUUCAGGCAUCGCACGAUAGGCUUUGGAAAGAAAAACAGGAGGUUAACAAUACGAUCUUCCAACUUAUGGAGGAGAAUGAAAAGGCGACUGAAGUAAAGGGCCAACUCAAAGAAUCUUGCGAGCGCGCAAAAAAGUUGGAGGAAGAGUUGGAAGCGACCACAAAGCUUUUGAAGGAACGUACAGAGCGCGUCGACGAAUUAGAAAACGACGUUGAUGAUUUGAAGGAGAUGAUGCAAAUGCAAGUUCAGCAAAUGGUAGAAUUGCAAGAACAGGUAAGGUGA